UUGUGCCUGCUGGAGGUGGAAUUAACAGUAAGAAGGAGAAAGGGAUUGAAUGGACUUACAGGAAGGUUUUCAAGUAAAUACAGGGAAACACAUUUACUUCAAUAGUACAACCUUGAGUUGUAUUUUACACUAAGACGACACAAAAGAUGUUAAAGUUAUCACCAAGCUGCCGGACAAAUAUAUAUUCCAACACCAAGGUGCAGAUCAGCAUAGAUCUGUGAUUCAGAAAUCAGGAUUUGUCUUGGAAAGAGCUCCAGGGUUGAGAAGAACUCAAGAGCAAGUGAAGAUAACUCUGGGAACUACAGCUUAUCAGAAGAUCAACUUUCAUUAAUUCAAAUACCAAAGGCCUGAUUAUCAUACAUUCAUAUAGGAAUGCCUAGGUCAUCUGAUCAAAUAAUUUUAAGCGUCUUCUGCUACAUCAAUGCAGCAAAAACUCUUAACAACUGUGGAUAAUUGGAAAUUUGAGUUUCAGCUUUCUUAGAAAUAACUACUCUUGACAUUUUCCAAAAUAUUUGAAAUAGGACAGGAAAAUCAGUGAGCAUGUUGUGUUCAGAAAUGUCACUGUCAUGAAGGAUAGGUAAAUUUGUUUUUUCUGCUACUGGGAAAUUGUACCUCCUAGAAACUUAGAUUUUUUUUAAGAGGACAAGAAGGACUAAAAACAUCAACUUUGCUUUUGGACAAAAAUGCAUCUGACUGUAUUUUUCUUUAGGGGUAUUGUGGGUUUUCUCUGGAGCUGCUGGGUUCUACUAGGUUAUGCAAAAGGAGGUCUGGGAGACAAUCAUGUUCACUCCAGUUUUAUUUAUAGAAGACUACGGAACCAUGAAAGACGGGAAAUACAGAGGGAAAUUCUCUCUAUCUUGGGUUUGCCUCACAGACCCAGGCCAUUUUCACCUGGAAAACAAGCUUCCUCUGCACCUCUCUUUAUGCUGGACCUAUACAAUGCUAUGGCCAGUGAAGAAAAUCCUGAAGAGUCGGAAUACUCAGGGAGGGCAUCCCUGGCAGGAGAGACCAGAGGAGCACGAAAGGGGUACCCAGCCUCUCCUAAUGGGUAUCCUCGUCGCAUACAGUUAUCUCGAACAACUCCCCUGACCACCCAGAGCCCUCCUCUAGCCAGUCUACAUGAUACCAACUUUCUGAAUGAUGCUGACAUGGUCAUGAGCUUUGUCAACUUAGUUGAAAGAGACAAGGAUUUUUCUCACCAGCGAAGGCAUUACAAAGAAUUCCGAUUUGAUCUUACUCAAAUUCCUCAUGGAGAAGCAGUUACAGCAGCUGAAUUCCGGAUAUACAAGGACCGGAGCAACAAUCGGUUUGAAAAUGAAACAAUAAAGAUUAGCAUAUAUCAGAUUAUCAAGGAAUAUACAAACAGGGAUGCAGAUCUGUUUUUGUUAGACACAAGAAAGGCCCAAGCUUUAGAUGUGGGCUGGCUUGUUUUUGACAUCACUGUGACCAGCAAUCACUGGGUGAUUAAUCCACAGAACAAUUUGGGUUUACAGCUCUGUGCAGAAACAGGAGAUGGACGCAGUAUCAACGUUAAAUCCGCUGGUCUUGUGGGGAGACAUGGGCCUCAGUCAAAGCAACCAUUCAUGGUAGCUUUCUUUAAGGCAAGUGAGGUACUUCUUCGAUCAGUGAGAGCAGCCAACAAACGAAAGAACCAAAACCGCAGUAAAUCCAGCUCUCAUCAGGACUCCUCCAGAAUGUCCAGUGUUGGAGAUUAUAAUACAAGUGAACAAAAACAAGCCUGUAAAAAGCAUGAACUCUAUGUGAGUUUCCGGGAUCUCGGAUGGCAGGACUGGAUUAUAGCACCAGAAGGAUAUGCUGCAUUUUAUUGUGAUGGAGAAUGUUCUUUUCCACUCAAUGCCCAUAUGAAUGCCACCAACCAUGCCAUAGUUCAAACUCUGGUUCAUCUGAUGUUUCCUGACCACGUACCAAAGCCUUGCUGUGCUCCAACCAAACUAAACGCCAUCUCUGUGCUGUAUUUUGAUGACAGCUCCAACGUCAUUUUGAAAAAAUACAGAAAUAUGGUAGUGCGCUCUUGUGGCUGCCACUAAUGUUAAAUAAUAACGGGAAUAAGAAAAAGAUCUGUACUUAGGUUUACAGAUACAAUAAAAAGUAUACUUUCAGACAAAA